AUGUUGAGGUUUGGAAACUCAGAACAUUUUGCAAUUGAUGGUUGGGAGGAGUUGGCAUCUCUAUCACGGUAUGGGUUUAGUUUAGUUGAACAUCGUUUCAUUACCGUUUGGGGUUGUCCUCAACUGCAGUCUUUGGAAGCAGAGGAAGCCGAAUUGCAACCUAACAAGAUUUCACGUGUUGAAUCUCUGAAAAUAGUUUCUUCUGAUAGGCUCAAUAGAUUGCCACAAGUCUUACAUGAGCUCACAUUCCUUACACUGAUGGAAAUUCAUAACUGUCGAAGCUUGGUUUCUUUUGCAGAGAAUAACUUUCCUCCUAAUUUAAAAAAGCUGAGAAUUAGAAACUGUGAGAAUUUGGAGUAUUUGGUUGAUGAAAAAGAAGAUAAUAAGAGUAUGAGUAGUACCCUCUGUCUUCUUGAGGACUUGAAAAUCUUUAACUGUCGAUCUCUAAUGUCUUUGUCAUCGAAGGGGCACAAAAAUAUUUGCAAUCAGCUUCAACUUCUCGAAAUUGACCAGUGCUCAAAGCUGAGUUGCCUAUUUUCAAACACCAAGUUUCCCAUAACGCUUAAACAUUUGAGAAUUAAAGAAUGUCCAAUAUUGGAAUACAUAGACGAGGAGUUUGAGGAAAGCGCUUGUCUUGAAUCUAUUCUAUUUUUCAGAUCUGGAAUUAAAUCUCUACCACGAGGACUAAACAAGCUCAAACAUCUCCAGGAGAUUUGGUUGCUUUCGUGUUCAAAUUUGGUUUUUUUUGAAGAAAGUGGGUUGCUCACCACCAGCUUCAGAGCUUUUGUAGUUGAUGGUUGUGGAAAUUUUGGAGCCCUUCCGAAGUGCAUGGCCAGCAUCAGCUCCCUUCGACAAUUAAGUGUGGACAACAGUUCGGCUGACAUAUCAUUUCCAUCGGAGGGAUUCCCUGCCGAUCUCACAUCACUUGCAAUCUCAAACGCACCCAAGAUGUAUAGGUCACUUGUGGAAUGGGGAUUAAAUAGACUCACCUCUCUUCAAGAAUUGACCAUCGGAGGAGAAGGAUGCUCAAACGUGGUGUCGUUCCCAGAAGAAGGGAUUGGAAUGAUGUUGCCUCCUCCUCUCACCCGUAUCAAUCUUUUCCAAUUUUAG